AUGUCCUUUACACCAUCGCCAAUGACUCCAAAUCCACCGACCGCAGUCCUACGAUCCACUACUCCUCCACCAAUAUACUCACCUGAUGGAUUGGCUCAUAGUCAAGUUUCCCAAGAGAUAGGAGAGGCUUCAAACCAAUCUUUCUCUUCUUUCCACCACUUAGACACCAAGACAUCGAGUCCAACAAAUGAGACAAGUGACGAGAGUGAUGAGGCUUUGAUCCUCGACGGUGCUCUCUCGGGGCCUGUGAGAGGAGAAGGCUCCAUGUCGACCGCUCGAGCGCCAGCUUCACUGGACUACGGACUACGAUUACACGAAUCCUCCACAGCCUCACUCCGGUCUAUUCAGUCCAACUCAAAGACAGCUUUCAGACCAGAUACAUCAUAUUCAAUGCCGGCGUCGACUGCUAAUAUUACCGUCACACCACUUCAUCUGUUAGGAGAUCAGGCAGAUUUUGUGGACUGCCCGUUCUGUCGGCGACGAGUUGAAACUAGAGUUAAGAAAAAUGCUUCUACAGCUACUCACCUACCAUUAUGUGUCUCUACUUACACAUAUUCGUUCAGUAUUGCCGCGACCGGGCUCUUCUUUACGACCGUUGGAGGCGUAGUAGCACCCUACGCUGCCAAGUGGAAAUGCCAUAUCAGUCACUUUUGCACCAAUUGUGGUAAAAAGGUAGCCGUUAAGCGACAUGGUUCAGACGAGAUGAGGGCACUUGGAACACCAGAUCAUUUGCGUCAAGUGUCCAAAUACGCUGCCGCUUCCACUCCAUAUACGUCAGAUAAUUAUGGACAUUGA